AUGUUUCGUGUUGUGAUUUUGUUUGCGGCCGCGACCAUCGUCGCGGGCGGUGUGACCAACGUAGAGCGUUGUCUCAAUGACAACGGAGAUCUACCCCUGCACACGUACAUAGAGGGCUGCACAGACCCACCCUGCGAGUUGCUCCACGAUGAAUACGUCGUAAUGCAUACCACGUUUAAGGCCCCUCGCAACAUUACUAGCAUGACGACUUGGGGGGCCCUUUACUUAAAUGUGGGGCCGGUGAACGUUCCAGUCCGCUACAGGCUCGGCGAGCAGGAGACGACCUGCAACUUCCUCGAGAACACCCGCUGCCCCCUCCGAAAGGGGCAAAUCGUGAGAUACACCCUGAGAAUGUACAUUGGAGUCUACAUGCUGUUGAGAAGCGCGGUGCGAUUGGAGUACAUCAUAAUGGAUGAAAAUUGGGCCCCGGUAGUCUGCGUGGGAUUCCCCGUCAGAGGAGAUCACUACCGGCCCCCGGUCAAUCAACAGCGAAAAUUACCUCCCCUUCCUAUCCGAGAC